CGACGACGAUGAGGAUCGUCUCCGCGCCGAGCAGUUCGAGGACGAGCGAGUCUUCCUUGAGGGACAUCGUCCUGGAGUGGGAAGACGUCAACUCCAUCGUCGAAAACGGCGACCUGCACAAAUUCUACCGCCUCCCCUCUGUACUGCAAACCUACCUCGCGCACCUGAAACGGAUCGCGCUCGAGUACUCUUCCGCCAGAAACUAUAUCAUGCGACAAGUGCUUCAUUGGAACGAGGACGAUUUAGUGGGAUCUCCUGCUCAGGCCAUCAAGUUGGAAGGAUGUGCGCACGACCUCGAUGCAGAAUGUGAAGAUGGGAGAGGAGGGUGGUUCGAAGGCGAGGAAGCGGACUGUUCGGUGCAAAAGACGCCGUUUCCUUAUGCCGUGGAUACAGACAUAACGCACUAUAUCGUCUGGUCGAAACGACCUCUGCUUCAUCCAUGCAUCGUACCCAAGCAUUUCCCACCCGAGGUACGCUUAGCAGCCUGGCGGACGAUCCAAACUCGGGGUCUGUCUGGAUCUUUCCCAUCACGUAAAUCGACACCACCAUCAUCAACGACGAUGUCCUCGCUUUUGUACGAAGACGCACACGAAGCUCAAGUCCGACAAGCGCUAUCCGAAUCCAGUCGGUACUUGCGGUCGUUCAUCGGAUCGACGUGGAACGAGGAAGAGUACGAGGUAGCAUGGUUUGCCAACCCGCCGAGUUUGCAGAGUUUGCCGACGCUGGCUCAUUGGCACUGUAUGGUACGGAGACGACAAUGAAGUUGACAGCUGGGAUGCUCGUCGCGGUUUUAUUUUUGAUGACUUGACUGUAGCUUAGAAGACCAGAGCUAGGAUGAGAAUGUGACAUGUGUACA